AGAGCGACGGAAUUAUCCGAAGUUUUCCGAAUGUUACUCUGCAAACUAUUGAAGGACAAGUAAAUUAUAAAAUGGUAACACCAGCUAGAAAACGGAGAUGGUUAGAGAAAGAUUAUAUUCUCAAUGAGAAGGUCAAUAAAAUUCAACCCAUAUAUAUGAUCAAUGGAUUGUACCCAGUUUUUCAAGUUCCCCACCCAUUUCGCCAAUACUUUAGAAUAGGUCUGCUUCACCAUAUUGGAUACCAUCAGCCCUGUUUGACUUUUUACAAAGAUUUUUUCAAAUGUGCUUUUGAAGUGGGCAGACCUUUAGAGUAUGAGGAAUGCUAUAAGGAGCUUCAGGAUAUGAGGGAAUGUGAGACAAGAUAUAAAACGUAUCAUCGAAUGAAGGUGCUUCACCAGAAGAGGAAUGACCAAGGCCUGGAUUAUCUGGAUCUUCCUCCCAGGCAUUUAUUUUCCAGACCUCAGCUUACAUUCAGGAAAGACACGAAGAACUGAAAACAUGUAUUAUGUGGACUCUAAAUUGUGUGAAAAAAUGUUGAAUUUACCUUAAAUAAAUGCAGUUAUAAAUAUUU